UGGACUGUCACACACAACUGAUUGGACAACGAAGCAGAGGACUGACCUAAACGAUAAACACAAAUUUGGACAUUUACCAACUAGAUCCGGGACUGAAACGAUCUAGGAAGGACACUGCGAGAUUCACAUCGGAUGCUUGCCAUUAACGGGGGAAUGUAUAGUGCUGCUGUUUACGUCCUGUCCACGGUGACGGGCUACGUCCUCACCUCCGCUCUCCUGCUCAAAUGUCCUACUCUACUGCACCGGAAGAAGAAGGAGAGGUUCCAUAGUAAGCAUAUUUCUCAUCGUGGAGGAGCAGCAGAGAACCUUGAGAACACAAUGGCGGCUUUCAAACAUGCCGUGGCUCUUGGCACAGACAUGUUGGAGCUUGACUGUCACCUGACCAAGGAUGAGCAGAUUGUGGUGUCACAUGACCCACAUCUCCAGCGAGCAACUGGUAUUAAUGCCUACAUUUCUGAAAUGGCAUACGCGGAGUUGCCACCAUACCUCUGCAAGCUGCCUGUAACCUUUCAAAGGGAGUGUAUUUGCGAGGGCGGAGAGGACAAACGCAUUCCUCUGCUCAAGGAUGUUUUUGAAGCGUUUCCCAACACCCCCGUCAACAUCGACAUCAAGGUCAACGACGACACGCUCAUCAAGAAGGUAUCCGAACUGGUUGUAAAAUAUGACAGAGAGCAUCUUACGGUGUGGGGCAAUGCCAGCAACCAGAUAGUCAGGAAGUGUUACAAAGAGAACCCUCGCAUUCCUGUGUUGUUUAGCUUUCCCAGAGUGCUGCAGUUGUUGGGCCUCUUCUAUACUGGCCUUCUCCCUUUUGUUCCCUUAAAGGAACAGUUCUUGGAGAUUCCAAUGCCCAAUAUUGUUAACAAACUUUAUGAUCCAAAGAGAAUAACCAAGAGUCAACGCCUCAUCGCCUGGCUUGCAGACAGCUUGUUGAUGAGGAAAGCACUCUUCAAGCAUCUCACUGCUCGGGGAAUACAGGUGUACGUUUGGGUGCUGAAUGAUGAAGAAGACUUCCGAAGGGCAUUUGACUUGGGAGCGACAGGAGUUAUGACAGAUUUUCCCACCAAGCUUAAAGACUACUUGGAUCAGAAUGGCCUUUCCAAGCUUCAGUGACUUUUCUGUAGCUGCAUCAACAACCCCAAUAUAGAAUAAUUGUGUUUGAGCGAACGCGACACAUUUUUACACAAACAGUUAAAGAGAAAAAAAAAUCAACGGCAGCCGCCUAUUAAAUCAAUACACCCAUUUUCUGUAAUCAUCACAUGCAAAGGGAAAUCAUUUUACUUGCAUGUAUUUGUGAUGUUUGUAGUACUCUUGCACUGCUUCUCAAAUAGUUGAUUUUACCUGCAAAAACACCAGCAAACUAAGCUGGCAAUCACAAUUUACCUCACAACUGACAGUCCCAUUUUUAAAUCUGCCUGCGUGUGUGCACUGAUAACCAUACUGAAUUUCAUUGAGUAACUUGGUCAGAAUGGGAAUUAAGCCACUGUCAGAGAGCAUGGGUGACCGAGCAUCUUGCGUUAUCAUCGAACAGUUUAUUUCGCCAUUUGCUGUUAAGUGUUGUCAAUUCAGCUUUUAUAUUCAUUUGUAUUUAUUGAUGGCGUACACACCUGUUUUAUGAUCUACUUGUAUUGCAGAUCUUAAAACAACUGAAAUUUAUGUAUGUAAAUGUAAUGUAUGUAUAUUAUUUUUAUGACUAUGUGAUUUUUGCAUGCACACUUGAUUAUUCACUGGUGUUUUUGUGACUUGACCGUGAUGUUGACAAUUUAAUUUUGUCGUGUUUACACAAGUGACAAGAGGUUUGUGGUGUUUCACCUACAUAAUUAUAAGUAUAUAUUUUAGUAACAGUAAAAGCCACGCGAUCUAUUUUGAA